UGAGCUCAUAAAUAACCUAUACAGUAACUAGGAUACAUUGUUUGAUGUUUUGCUGCAGAAAAUCGAGUUAUUACAUCGGAAAUUGUAAAAAAUACGAUGAUGUCUGUAGACCGUGGGUAUUUCGCGAAGUCAAACUCAUAUGAAGACCGGCCACUGUCAAUUGGUUUCGCCGCAACAAUUAGUGCUCCUCAUAUGCAUGCGCAUGCUUUGGAAGCACUAAGAGAUCAUCUUAAACCUGGUUCACAUGCCUUAGAUGUUGGGUCAGGUAGUGGAUAUUUAACAGCAUGUAUGGCACUUAUGGUGGGCUCCACAGGUGUUGCAGUAGGCAUUGAACAUAUUAAUGAGUUAACUGAAUUUGCAUUAGCAAAUGUUGGAAAUUGGAUGAAUCAUAGUAAAGCAGCUCAAUCAGCUGGCAUAGAAUUGGGAAAACAACUAAAACUUGUAACUGGUGAUGGUCGUCAAGGUUGGCCAGCUGAUGCCCCUUAUGAUGCUAUUCAUGUUGGUGCUGCAGCUCCAACUAUUCCUAAUGCCUUAAAAGAACAGUUGAAAAUUGGUGGUCGUCUAAUUUGCCCUGAAGGACCAGAGGGUGGAAAUCAAGUUCUAGUUCAAAUUGAUCGUUUACCAGAUGGUUCAUUCCAGCGUAAACCACUUAUGGGUGUUAUUUAUGUCCCACUAACAGACAAAAAUUUACAAUUAGGACCAAGGGAUGAACGGGAUCUGUAAAUAAAAAUGGAAAUCCGAUACGUUUUUCUCUUUCUUGUAACAGAAUAAACUGUGAAUCAGUGUGUACAUACUUUGAAAUUGUGAUUAGUA